AUGGAAAAACAAAAGUUUCUUAUGGUUGUGACCCUUUUGUUACCACUGUCCAAUUUUGCUUUUGAAGCUUCAAGGGAUGUCACCUCAUCCUCAAAUGCAUGUCUAAAUUGCUCCAAAUGUGAAUACCCUUGUGAUCAAUCCUCAUCCCCGCCACCACCACCUUCUGCUUACUAUUUAUAUGGACCACCACCACCACCACCACCACAAGAGAAAGAGCAUAGCAAGUGUCCUCCUCCUCCUGCCACCGGUGUUCAGUGUUGCACCCCUCCAGCUCCCUACACUUUAGCUCCUCCUAAUCCUUACACUCCUGUGCCUUACGGUGAAGGUCAACGCCACGCUUCAAUGCUUUUGCCAGUUCUAGUUCCACUAAUGAUACUUUUUUCUUCCUUUAUUUUUCUCUUCUGA